UUUCCUAGGAAGAAUCAUCAAAAUGUCUGGUCCUGAAGUCAAUGGAUAGCGAAAAGAAUUUACAUUAUUAGUUUAAAAUUAAGUUAUUUCUAAAAAAUGGCUACUGAAGGGGGUGGUAAAAUCAAGUCUAAAAGGAACCAACUCCCCAGUAAACCUUACGAAAAGAAACCGUCGCUGCUUGGUAAACUAAAGAGCUCAGUAAAGGAUUUGUUUACACCUUCAUGGUUGCGUACUCCUUUGAAUAGUAGUAACACUUCAGCAGCCCAAGACCAACAGGUAACACAACCUCAGUUGGUUCAGAGUAUGAUUAGUAAUGAUUUGGUUGCCUCACAGCAUUCAAAUAAUGCUCAAGUUGGAGGAGGUUCACGUCUCAGUGCUACUGAGCAGCCAAUAAGAUUAGAUUCAAAUAGAGCAUCUGGUUCCUCAUCUCAUGGCCAGAUGUCUAGCAGUUAUGGAGAACCUUGCUUGGAAAACUCAAGUGGAGCACCUCCAAAUGUUAACAUUGCCAAUUUAAGUCAGUUUGGAAGAAACUGGCUGGACAAAAAUGAAUCCAUUGGAUAUAGCAGGUCUUCAAGCAGCAGUGCUGUGCAUUGCAGAAAAAUUGAUGAUCCUGUAAGAUUAAGAAUGUCUGAUUCAUAUUUAGAAGAAACUGACCAGGAUGAACCCGUAAAGAUCAGACCUAUAAUGGUGUCAACUGGAACUCCUAGCAGAGGUGUUGAAGCAUCUGCUGCCAAGCGACAAAAGUUGUGGAACCCACAAGAAGCAAGACAUGGGAAACCUUUUGUUGCACCUGUAACUGACAGACCUGCUUUCAAUUCGCUCUUAUUUGGGACACCUACAAAGAAUGACUCUUCAAUGUUUGGUGGGAAUUUUCACGAGUCAUCUUUUUAUUCUGGAAAAACGAGGUUUGGAGGAGCUGCAGCAGAGAAACGGAAGUCUCUGAAUUCAUCUUUGCCAUACCAGUCAUCCUUACCCCUACGAAAACAAGUGAAAGCUACCAAUUUAAACAGCUCUUUUAAUGCAACGACAAGUGCUACAGCUCAGAGAAUACUGGAAACCUUGGAUAAAAUGUCUACACCUUUAGGGGAUGCCAAAAAAAUGACACAAGUAGAUAAAUCUAAUGAUUCAGUCUUGUCGUUUACUCCAUCUUCGUACAGACGCACUAGCAUAUUAGGAUUAGGUAAACCAGCAUCCAGACCUUUGCAGAUACCUCAAGUGGGUCCGCCAAAAUACAUUCACCAGUCAGUAUCUCAAGCAGUCAUUGCUAAAAAUAGAAGUAAACAGAGUGGAUCUCACGAUUUAGGAAGCACUACUGAGAAUUCAUUACCUAUUUCUGUGGAACCCUCAGUGUCUAGAGAAAAGAGUGAGAAUGUACCACAGUUAAGUACAGACACUGGCAAGAUUAAGACAAAGAAGUUUUCACAACAUAUAAAAAGCAAAGCUGCAGAAGAAGAGGUUGAAGUUCCAACUCUCAGAACAGACUUUACUCUACCUAUAUCUUGCAUCAAUCCUGCAUUGUUAACCAAUACUUUUGCAAGCUCUGUUGCUGCAACAAAGUCAUUCGACAACAGUUUACCCUUAAAAUUUACUUUCUCAACACCUAUUGAAGAAAAAAGCCGGUCUGGAAAUAGUCCAGUACUUACCAACAUUGAGAAGGGAUUUACCUUUAGUUCUCCAAUUAAGGCCUCCAGCCAAAAGAUCAAUGGGGCUGGGGCUGAAGAAGGAUCUAAAUCUUCCCCAGAACCUGCGGUUGGUGCAUCAUCAGGAGUUGCAGGAACAUUCUCCCAUUCUCUUUCUCCAUGGGAACCAGUUAAGCCCAAACCUAAAGUUGCUUCACCUGAUAUUGGAGGUACUUCAAGUAAUUUUAAGACUUUUAAGUGGAAUGACGACAAAAAUGAUAGUUCAGCUGCUUCUGAUGUUGCUUCUUGUGGUUUUACAUUAGCCCCGGCUGAAUCUCUUAAAACAGGUUCAGUCAUGGAUGUAUUGGGGAAAGAUGACUUUAUGGCUAAAUUUAAGAAACCAGCUGGAACAUGGGAAUGUGCUACUUGUAUGAUUGCUAAUAAGCCAGAUGCAAGUAAAUGUGUUGCCUGUGAUGAUGCAUCAAAGCCUGGGGCUAAGCCAAAACAGCCAGAACAAAUUUCAAAAACUGAUGAUUUAAUGGCCAAGUUUAAAAAAGCACCUGGAAGCUGGGAGUGUGAUUCAUGUAUGCUAUCUAAUAAACCAGAGGCUGUUAAAUGUGUUGCAUGCGACUCUACUAAACCUGGAUCAAAACCCUUAUCUGGAAACACAAAUUCCAGUGCUAAUAGUUUGAGUGAACUAUUCAAGAAACCCCCAGGUAACUGGGAGUGUGACACAUGCAUGGUUCAGAAUUCAGCUACAGCAUUAAGAUGUAUAGCAUGUGAUUCCUCCAAGCCAGGACUACAAUCUGCUGGCAUUGUAUCUAAACCGGCUUCAAACACAACUUCAUCUGCUGUUACUAUAUCACCUGCUGGGGGUUUUGUUUUUAACCUUCCACCCACUACUACAACAACUGAGGGAUCUGGUGGAUUUAAAUUUGGAAAUGCAAAUACUUCAAUUUCUACAAUUUCACCAUCACCUGCAACAGGUUUUACCUUUGGAAAGACCUUAGCAAAUAAAGACACAAUAGCCACUACAACUGAUUGUCAGAACCCUGUUUCUACCGCUGCUAACACAGGUGGCUUCAAAUUUGAAUCAUUAAAUAGUGGCAUUGGUAGUGGGUCCACUGGAGUUCCUACUGGUGGGUUUGUUUUUGGAAAUACAUCCAGUAAAACCCAAUCAUUAAAUGGACCAGGAUCUAUUACUUCUGUUGGUGUUGGUUUUCAGUUUGGAGCUUCAAAUAAACUACAAAAUAAAACUGAUUUUGUGUUGACUACUGUGACGGAUAGUUCUAGUCCUUUGAGCAAUGGUAGCUCAGUGGCAAAUGAACCUAAAUCUAACGUGGCUUCGCAAUCUGCAGGAUUUCAAUUUAACAGUUCUGCUAAUUCAGCCCUCUCUUCAAGUGAACCUGCUACAUUUACGAAGUUUGCAUCAAAUGACAAUGCCACAAAGCCUCUUCAACCCAGUUUUGGUAGUUUUUUAAGCUCAGAGGGCCAAUCUACAACUACAACACUUCCAUCUGCUCAGAAAUCUACAAAUGCUUUGUUCCAAUUCGGUCAGACAAAUUCAAGUUUGGCCUCUACUUCAGUUGGCCUAGGCAUGAACAAAAUGGACAAUAAGCCAACUGUUAAUGGAUUAUUUGGAGGAUUUGAUUCAGCCCCUUUAAAAGGCAUUACUCAAGGAAUUGGUGCAAAUGAUCCCUCAAGUGCCAAAAAAACUGUUCAGUUUGGAUCAUUUAGCAAUGACCAGUCGACUAAUGGUUUAUUUACUUUUGGGUCUACACAACAGAAGGCAGCUCCUCUUAGCACAGCACCCAGCCCUGCAGCUUGUGGCCUGGGUUUAUUUGGAUCAAAUAGUGUUAUGGGAGGUCAGACACAGGGAGCUAGUUUCCAGUUUGCAGCUGGGCCAACACCCUCAGUACCUGCAGUUAACUUUGCUUUUAAAUCAGGAAGUGAUAUGUCCAAACCCGUGCUAGAGCAUGCAACACCACCUCAAAAUAAAGUCAUACCUUCUUUCAGUCUUACGCCAAAUUUUAAUUUUGGAUCUACUGUGCAACCUGCCAACACACCUUUUCAAUUUGGUGCUAAACCUGUUUCUAGUGACAACACUUCAGCAACGACAGGGUUUUCAUUUGGUGCUUCAAAUGCUGCUCCAAGUGUUCCAAUGACAGCAAACUUUAAUAUUGGAUCUAGUGACCCUACACGCAAAAUUAGAAAAGCAGUAAGAAAAAUCAAGAAGUAAAUCAUUUCAACACCAGCCAGUUAACAGUUUUGUACUGGUUGCCAUUGGAACAUUAUAUACUAUGACUAUGUGAUUUAGAAAAUAGCUAUCCUUUUAUUUUUAAAUAUUCCAAAAUCAAAAGGUCAAACCCAGGGGCUUUAAAUGUGUACAUUUCCAAAAGGUCAACUUUUUCUACCACAUAUUUUAUUUAGUUAUUUUUUUUUUAAAUUAAUGCUUAAAACCCUCAUUUAUCUGCAAAUUAAGGAUGGAAGAAAAUAAAGACUUAAAACUUCCAAAAAGGGAUGUUCUUAUUUUCAGGAUUAUUUAAAAUUUUAUGAAUCUAGAUGUAGUUUUUAUUUAUUACAAUCAGUACUUCAUGUCCAUCAUUUCCUGCUGUAUAACCAUUGUAUUAAAUACAAGAGAAACAUUUUUAGAUGUUUUAAAAAUAAAACACUUUUACAAACAUAAAUCACAUUUCUUAUUUCAAUUAGAUUGACUUUUGUUUGACUUGGUGGUUUUCUUUUUUUUUUUUUGUUAAAACAUUCUUCUCCACUUACUUUCCCCACAUUAAAUGUUUAUCUCUACUAGAUGGUGGACGACCAGAUUCAUUAUUACUGGUACCUUUGUUUUCACUUUCUUUUGUUAAGCCAGAUGUUUAAAUAACACAAUAUAAUAUUUAAGUGUUUUAAGAGUAGUAAGUCUAAAUAAAUACCAAUGUAAUUCAGAAAAAUACUUUUCUGUUUGUAAUGGGUGGCAAAAUGUUACAUUUCCAUUAUCUUGUAUUGUGCCUUUUAAGUUUAUUAUUAAUGUUUUUAGUCAGGCAGAUGUUCACAUUGUUAAGCCCCUGAAAUGUAAGUUUCUAUAAUUUGCUUUCCUCCACCAUUAAUAAAUAGAAUUAUUACAAUUAUUUUUUUUACUAUAUUAGCAAAAAUUUUAAAAAUAAGAAAAUAUAGUUGAUCUAAAAUGCAAUUUAAUCAACUAAAAACUUCAGUAGAAUUUUUACUGUUUAUAUUAAUUCUUGAAAUAUUUAUAUCAUAAUUUUCCAGUCAGGGAAUUUCUACCCAUAUCUCUUGUAUAGCUGCAACAUUAUCAGAUUGAAGCUGUCUGUUCUACUCUGCUCUUUAAGGGAUGUAUGAAUACUAGCAACAAGUUUAAGCUUUUGUUCAAGUGUUGAUGUUAACAAAUGUCACAUAAAUUUUGUUCUAUGAAUAAUUUGCACUGUAUGUUUAUAUCAAAAUUAUGUUAUUGAAACUCCAGAACUAGCUGUACACAUUAGUUGUCUGCUAGUUAAGUGUAAAUAUCCUAAGUUUUUUAAAAGGCAUGUAAAAUAACAGCAUAAAUUGUAAAUAGAGAAGACAUUUUUGCUAUUAUUAUUGGGUGUUGUUACUGUACAUAAUGUUCAUGAUUACACUUUCCUGUUUUCCACCAUGUACUUCAAUGUUGAUAACACUUUUCUUCCCAUUCCCAUGAUUUUUUUUGUUAACUGUUCUCUCAAUUAUUGAUGGGAAUUUAUUACCUGGUAAAUUGCCCUUACUAUAAAAAAAAUCAGUUUUAAAGUUCAUUGUGCGCCUCCAGCUGGCUUGUAGAAUGGCAAUAUGCUCCAUUUUUCCCUUUAAAACUCUAAAAAUUCAAUUAUUAUGAAUAAAUUUAGUCAAAAUUUUAUUUAGGAACCAAAUUGAAUACACUGAAUUUUAAUAAAAUGCAUUUAAUUAGAAUAUAAUAGAAUGUUACUAAAAUAAUUAAGAACCCUAUUUGAUCAGUAAUAUUAGGUACUUAUACGUGUAUGGUAGUGUCCACUUUGCUAUUUACAAGUAGCUUAUUACAUAAGUAAACAAGCACACUGUUAGUAGACCCUAAUCUGUGAUAUGCUAAAACAGUAGAUCAUUUUUUCAUUUAUGUCUGUUUUAGGUGAAGUUCCCCCUAUAAAAAAUGAAGUUAAAAAUGAAAUUUUGUCUUCCUAGCUGACUUGUUUCACACAUUUAGAUGCUGGGCUGGGUUGUAUUCUAAUGAGUAAAUUUCCCAUAGUCAUUUUUAAACACUGAUUAUUGGUAGUUAUUCUAUUAAUAACUUGCAUUAUGUUACUGUUCUGUUUAAAGAAUGUUUCUGUGUGAGAUGUUCAAAUGAAGUAUAUUUGAAAGUUACUGAAAUGUAAACAAUAAAUAAACAUGUAAAUUAAA